ACUGUCUCCCUGCUCUGAUUAUUAUGUUUUUUCAAGUUCUUCGUUAAGUUUUCUGCGUUUACCAAAAAAAUAACAAGCAUAAAGACACCAUAAAACACGAUUUCAAUGCAAAUGUUUAAAUUUAAAGUAAAUCAAGUGCACCCACCGCCGAGUCUUAUCUGCAAGUAGCCGAAAUGAGUGAAAACAAGAAGCUACUCGAUGCAUUGCUGUGCGAGAUCUACGGCCGGCAGGAACAGUUGGCCCAGAUUAGGCAACACUGCAGCAAGGAUCUGCAGAGUCCGAAGGAGCAGAAGGGACAACUGGCUCGUAUGGUUAGCGGCAUGACCGGCAAUCGGUCCACCUUGGAGCGCCUGAGUGUGCGCAAGCUCAUCGAUGUGUGUGCCAUUCUCAAGGUGGAGAUCCUGAUGAUCGGUUACCUGCUGGAAAGAGUCCUGUUAGCCAGGGAUCGCUUGCAACGCCAUCAGGAGGUGCUUUGUGAAUUCGUUACCGCUGUGCUCGUCGUGGAGAGUGACGAUGCACAGCCUAAAAUGCGUUUUAGCCUCUCACCACCGCCACAGAAAGCCAUUGCCAGCAGCAGCAGCAGCAGCAGUAGCUCCGCCCGCCUAACCUCGCCCACCAUCACCACACGGAGCACCACCCUCGGCCCCAGCACCACCUCCCCCGGCAGCAACAAUAGAAGCCCCAGCCCCCGAGCCUUCGGCAGCAUGCUGGCCCGCAACGGCGGAGGACACGAGGUCAACCCGAGUGCCACCGCCUCUGGGUCCGGAUCUGCCUCCGCCUCCGCAGCCGCUGCCACUGCCGCCGACGAUGAAGCUGCCUCGGAUUACAACCAGUGGCUGCAUGCCAUGAAGCUGGUGGCCCGCCUGCCCGGAGGCACACCGCCCGAGUUCCGACGCAAGUUGUGGCUCUCGCUGGCGGACAAGUAUCUCAAGUCGAAGAACGUGGACUGGGCCCAGCAGCGGGAGAAGUGCUUUUGCGAGGAGUGGCGCGAGGACGAUGAGGAGCUGGGCAUCCAAAUCGUCAAGGAUCUGCACCGGACUGGCUCGAAUCUGUGCACCGGCCCCGCGGGCUCCAUCAACCAGGCCAAGCUGAAGCGCAUUUUGCUUGGCUAUGCGCGCUACAACCCGGAGGUGGGCUAUUGCCAGGGCUUCAACAUGCUGGGCGCCUUGAUACUGCAGGUGAUGGACAAGGAGGAGGAGGAGUCCAUGAAGGUCAUGAUCUAUCUGGUGGAGGGCGUACUGCCCACGGGCUACUUCUAUGGCUCAAUGGGCGGCCUGCAGGCGGACAUGGGCGUUUUCCGGGAACUGAUGCAGACCCGAUUGCCCCGUUUGGCGAAGCACCUGCAGCGGCUUCAGGGACCCGUAGAGAAUGCCUUUGAGCCGCCGCUGACCAAUGUGUUUACCAUGCAGUGGUUUCUCACCAUGUUCUGCACCUGCCUGCCCAUGUCCUGUGUGCUGCGAGUGUGGGACUUGGUCCUCAUCGAGGGAAGUGAUGUGCUACUGCGAACAGCUCUUGUCCUUUGGAGUUUGCUUGAAGAGCGCGUUCUCAGCGUUCGUUCCGCGGACGAGUUUUAUGGCAAAAUGGGUUCCUACUCCAGUGAGCUGCUUAAUGGGCAUCUCGUGGACUCCAAUGGCCUAAUCGAACGAGUGGUAAAGCUGGGACCGAUUGCGGAUCUGCGACAGCUAAGGGACAAACACCUGUACAACAUUGCCCCAUUGCGUCACAAGCAGGGAUUGCAGCUCUACUACGACGACGAGGAUACGCACUCGGAUGAAGAGCGCAUGGCGGUGGCCACCGUUUGGGGCUUAAACUGGGGCAGACGUGGAUCUGUUGGUCCUGCAGCGGCGGCUGGCAAGCAGCCGGCGGAGCAAAAGGAUCGUCUGGCACUGGAUAUUUCCCUGCUGAAAAAGCAAUACGAUCGGCUGAGGGAACGCCAGAAGCAGGCUCAUGUCAUCCUAACCACUGCCUGCUCUACGGCUGCGCGACAGGGAUCAGGUCCCGGGAACAGCUCCCAGCCAGCGGUGCCUGUGAAUCAACUGCUACUCGGUCGACCAGCCAUCGUGACCAACAAGGGCAAGAGAGUUGGAGCUCCCUUGGGCGCCAUUCCACCAGCUCGUAAGCCUUCGCUACCCGCAGUGCUCCAUACCAAGCCGGCGGCGGAGAAGCAGCUGCGCCGCGGCGAGACCCUUCUCUGGCGAGACACGGAUUCGAGCAGAAGACGCCGUGACAGCCUGACCUGGAAGGAGAUCAAGGCGGAUCGAGCUGCCAUGAUGCGGGAGGGUGUCGACGUUAGCUCCAUUAAAACCCAAAAACUGCGCACUCGCUUCGGCAAGAGCGACAGCUCCUCGUACAGCGAGGAUAGCGAUGGAGAGCAGGAAGUCGGAGGCGGUAGUGGAGGAGGUGGCUCCAGCACGGAUACCAGCCUCUGCGAUGACGAUGAUCCCAAGUCAAUCGAGAAGAGUCCCAAGCACAAGGCCAAGCUCGGCCGAAAACUCAAGGAGCAGAAGCAAUUGAGUGGCUCUAGGGAUGCGAGCCUGGAAAGACAACGACCCAAGUCCUGGGCACCCAGCAGCCAAGAGAUUCCCUUCAUACUAAUGGGCACUGAUAGUGGCGAUGAGAAGGAUCCACCUGUAAAGGAGGAUACUGAGUUAGCGGAGGAUAGUGCCACUGAAAGCGAUCGCUUUGCCUUCGAGAAAGAACUUGAUUUCGUCAGCUACAAGCUAGAGCCCUUGGCUAUUCAAUCGGGUUCCGAGGGCACAGAACUUCCAGAGAUUCCCGUCUUGACACCCAUUAGUCCCAUACCCACCUUCAAGGAGAAGAGUGGCUCUGAAGAAGAUUUGCUGGAGGAGCAAAAGCAAAAGCCUUUCGAUGUGAGUGAUAGCGGGGUGACCAAUCAGUAUUUCGAGAGGGUCAACAGCGUCGAGCGACCCAACAAACUGGAGCUCUCCUAUUCCCUAAACGAGGAGGAAUCGGAGACCAGCGUCACGUACCUGGAAGAACGAGAAAAGGUUGAGGGUCACAGUGCGGAUGGGGACUACCAAGCAUUGCCGCCACUUCCCAUGAACCCAGAGGAUAAUCCCCUUCCUGGAGCUGGCAAAGUGCCUCAGAUCCGCGACGACAACAUUCCAGGUGAGAAUAAGGACGACUACAAGGAGCUGCUGAGCAUGACGAUAGAGGAAAGAGUAGACUUCAAGCCACCACCUCCCACAGCCAGCAGCUUGAGUAGUGCCGCCCGUAAAAGGAGAGAUCCCCGUCGCAAGACACUGACCCGUUCGUCGACCAUUGAGAUCGAGGAGCGUUACCAGGCCCUAGAACGGAGGAUCAGCCAGGAUCAGCCAACGGCGGAGCGGCCAUCCAAGUACAUACCCAGCACCGCCGCCUUGGAGGAACGCUUCAACACACUGGAGAAGCAACUAAGUGCCGACAAGCAGCGUAAGGAACUCGUGGAAAUCGACUCCGAACAUCCAGAAAAAUUCGAACGCAUUCCCUCCACCGCCGAUCUCGAGACCCGCUUCAAUGCCUUAACCAAACAAUUGAGUUCCAGCGAAUCGACAGCCAAGUCUCCCAUUGAUCUCAAGGACGACGAACAGCCCAGUGGCAGUGGCAGCUCCAAAGAGCAAAAGGACAGCGAGAAAACCAGUAAGCUGCACAAAUCGGAGGAGCUGGAAUCUGAAGUCCAGGAGAGCUCAAAAACUGAAGCCAGCGAAUCCAAAGAAAAGGCCAGUGAAGACAGAAAAACCGACCAGCCACGCCUUAAAAAAUUGCCCUCCACGGCUGAGCUCGAAGAUCGCUUCAAUGCCCUCGAACGUAAGAUGAGUGUGCAGAAGAGCAGCCCAGUCAAGGCCAAAAAGGAGCCACCCGAUGAAGAGUCUACCGAGCAGGAGAGCAAACCACAAGAGUCCGAAAAGAAAGCCUCAAAAGAGCAUAAAGAAAGUACUCGAGAAGAACCUGAAGAGAAAGCUUCAUCCCCAACAGAAGAGCCAGCUCCGAAAAGUAAAACAAAGCCAGUUGUGUCACCAAAGCAAAAGGGAAAAGAAAGCUCUGACUUAAAAACGGAUACCAAACAUUCGGAAACUCAAUCAACCAAAAAGGAAACUAUUGAAGAAGGGGUUCCAUCAAAAGUUAAAGUCAAUAAGGAAACUGAAUCCACUCAGGUUGAUCCUGAAAUACCUGCUGAAAAAGAAAGCCCUAAGAAGACAGAACCUAAAAAAGUUGAAGACCAAAAAAAAGUACAAUCCAAACCGGAAAAGUCCACCAAUAAAACUGAAUCUGAAAAUGUUAAAAACACCAAAGAUUCGGAAGAAACUAAGAAAGAGGAGCCCGCCAAGACACCGCGAAAAUCUCCACCUUCCACAGAAGAACUGGAAAAGCGCUUUAAUGCCCUGGAAAAGCAGCUGAGCACCACUAAUUUAGAGCAGGUUGAGCCACCUAAGUCCAUAGCCAAGACCCAAAAGUCACAAGAAGUUCAACAGGAUGAAAAAGUACAAAAGUCGAUGAAAUCCUUCGAUGACAAGAUCAAAGAGGUGAACACAGCUUUGGUAAAGGAGCAAACGAAAGUUGAGCCUAAAGAUCAGUCAGAGAAAACCCCAGAGAAGAAAGUAAUCCAAUCAGAAGAGCUAGAACCAAGCCAGAGCCAGCAAAGUGACCUGAACAAGCGAAGGGCCUCUGAACCGCCUUCCACAGAGGACUUGGAGAAGCGCUACGAGACCCUGAAGCGUCGCAUGAGCAGCAAGAACCAUUUCUCCACUCCCAACGAGACGGUAAACGAGGCUCUGGAGCGGAUUGAACAGGAGGUGAUCUCAGACUCCGCGGAUGAAGAAAAGAAGCCGCCACCAUCCACAGAGGAUCUGGAGAGCCGCUUUGAGGCACUGCAGGGCGGGGAGAAAAAACCCAAGGCCCAGACACAACCCAAGCACGUGGACGUGGCCAUUGAAGCGCACAUUCCUGAGCCACCGCCACCGCCUCCUCCACCGAAGGAGCUGCCCAUUCUGCCUGCACCCGUGCUCCACCAGCAGCAGGCUCUGAUCGAGGAGCUGCAGCGGAAGAUGCGCGGCCAAUCCCCAGGGGAGGAGAACCUUAAGCCCAGCGAGAUCAAUCCGGAAAGGAGGCAGCGAAAGCUAUUGCAACGACCCACGCCCAUGGGCGAUGAGACCUCGGAAGCACCUGCAAACACGGCUUACUACAGAGCGACAAACCAAGAACAAUGGCAGCAGCGCAUGGUGCGUCGGUUCUCUGAUCUGCCCUCCCGGGCCGAUCUCGAGAACCGAGUACAGUUCCUGGAGAGGCAACUCUACGCGAAGUUCUACAAGCAGCGCUGUGCAAGUGAUUCCGAAGUUGCAUCGAAGGUCAAGCAUUCACCCUCGCCCGAUGAAAUGCCGACCACCUCCCGCCAGGCCAGGGCCGUGGUCGAAGGAUUACUAGAGCAGCGUGUCCUGGCUCUGGAAAAGCAGCUAAGCGAGAACAGUCUCAAACUGCUCGAGACGAUACGGGAUCGGGAGAGAAUCGCAGCAGCUCCCCAAAGCGAUGACAGCGGUGGCAGUCCUCGAAGACUGAGCACGGAAACUAUCGACGCCACCGGCAAGGAGCUGGUUAGGUACACCCAGAACAUUGGUGAGCUGGAGGAAGUGGAUGCCCACAAGCCCAUCAACAUAAGCAUCAAUAUAAAGAUGCUGCUCAACAAGGACAGUGGUGAACCCAAGCAGCCGAAAGCCGAGUCCAAGCCCACAACCGAGGAUCUUACGCGGCGCCUAGAGCUCUUGGAGCAGCAACUGCUGGAGGAGCGGGCUAAAAAUGGCUCUCAUAUUCCAGAAAAUGAAGUCCCCCAGCCAGAGGAAAGCGAGGCCUGCAAAAAGCAGGAAAAGAACUGCCACAAUCAGCAUGUAAAAAGCGAUGAAACCCAAAAGGUCGAGGAGCCUGCCAAGACUCAAAUUAAACCCGAAAUGGCCAAGGAAACCAAGACUCUGGAAAAUGAGGAGAAAGCCCAAGCUCGAGCCAAGGAAGUGGUUACAGAUAAAUCUCCGAAAGUAGAGAAAGUGAUUGAGAAAACUGUCACGGAGGAAAAACCAGAGCCUAUCAUUAAAGACAAAAAAGAAGAGGUUACUAAAAAGGAAGACAAAGUUUCCACCACCAAAGAAGGGUCCUCUGAAACGAAACCUAAGCAAACUAAAGAGGAAAAACCCUCAAAAGAUAUCUCUAAAACAAAAGAAGUUUCCUCCCAGAAAGUCCCUGAAAAUAAGAAAGAAAUUCCCAAAACAGAGGAACCCCUAUCCAAGGAUUCUGCUUCGACCAACAUGAAACAGGAUAAUCCAAAGGCUGAAACAAUCAAGGCAAAAGAAACCGCCUCCGCCAGCAAAGAAACAAUCAAGCAACUGCCAGAGAAACCCAAAGAAACCUCCAAAGACUCCUCUGCACCAAAAGAAGUACCAGACAAAAUGGUUAUCAAUGCAAGUGAUCUGGGACCCAUGGAUCCCAACAACAAAACAGUGGUACUCCUUAUGGACAACGAACCCCGAGCUUCCAGAGUAAGGAGAUUGACGAGAGCCAACACCGAGGAGCUGGAGGGACUUUUCCAGGCACUAGAAAAGCAGCUGAGCGAUCGAAACCUCAUCAAGUCCGAGGAUGGUCGUCUUAUAAGAGCGGAUAGCAAACCAAGUACCGAGCAGGCGGAACAAGUUCAAGCCAUCAGUGAUCUCACCAAGCAAAUCGAAGACUUUACAAGCGGCAAGCCGGAGGAAGAUAAUCCCGAGGAGGCUGUUAAGGAAGACAAAACAGAGCCUAAGGAGCCCGAAGAGGACUACGAUUGGGGACCGAAUCCGGUGAAGCAUCACUUGAAAAGAAAAACAGCCUACCUGCCAUCCACCAAAGAAUUGGAGGCACGCUUCCGCUCCCUGGAACGGCAGAUCAAGCUGCUCGAGGACGUGGAAAAGAUCGAUGUAGAACAACGGCUGGUGGAGAUUGAACGUAAGAUUAAGCUGCAAUACUCCCUGUCCCAUGAGAAGGAUUUGAACAAGUAUUUGGAGCUGUGUGAAGGCAGGGGCUUGGAUGAUGAGGAAACUCAACCCGAAGAAGCCCCCACCAAGGAGGAGGAAACUGCUAGAGCUAGGGAUCGCUCACGCAGUCCUGGACGCAAGGCGGCCACUAAAUCCCCAUAUACUUCGCCCUCAAGGAAAGUGGCCACUAAAUCUCCCUACACAUCGCCUUCCCGUAAAGCUGCCACCAAGUCACCUUAUACUUCGCCCUCGAGGCAGCGCGAGAAAACGCCUUACUCCUCGCCAACCCGCUCGCCGGAAAGGAAGUCCAAGCGGAGUCCCUACACCUCCCCAGCCCGCCGCAAGCCGCAUCCCAAUGACUUGCCCAUCUCUGAUGACCUGGAGUACAAGUACCGAGUGCUCGACUUGGUAAGAUCCAAGUCUAAGGAGAACCUGGCCAAGCGCAUGAACGAUCCCAACAGAAAGCCGCCCAUUCAUCCACUCGAAAUACUCCUCGACCCGAGUCCAGAUGACAGUGCGAUACCCUCAACUGGGGAGCUGGAGCACAGGAUACGGGUGCUCGACGGAAAACUCAAGUCUCCGGCUAAGGCUCGCUCCAAGCCCCGUUCCCGUUCGCCUACCAUCGAAGACAUGAAACGCCAGAAGAUGAGGGAUGAGCAGAAGCCCAGGACACCGGUGCACAAUCUGGAACGAUUGGUCAGCUCACCUGGCCGACCAGAGCCACCCACUGCCGCGGAACUGGAGGAGCGCAUGCGCAUCCUGGAGCAGGAGCACACGUUCGACUUCAAGACCCAGAAGGAUUACCGGGCAUUCAAUCAAAAGCUGAAGGACGUGAUAUCGCCCUCGCUCUCUUUCGAGGAGUUCCGAGCAGCCAAGUCCCGGGAGCAGAGUCCCCGCCGUCAUGGCGCCACCACGCCCAAGUCAGCCCUGCGUCGUGACGAUUACGAUGAGGCCACCUCCAAUACGACCACCACCUAUUACCGCCCCACCAGCCCCAAGGUGAUACGCUUCCAGGACGAAGACGAGGACGAGGACCACUUUGAGGAGGCGCCCAGGUCCAAGUCGCGCCAGACCAGCGAUCGAAUGGUGGGCAGAACUAAUGAAGCUUUGGACUGUUUAGCGGAGAAUGCUAUAAUUCUCCAACGUAUUCUUAAGAAGACUCUUGCAGAUCAGCCAUCGGCCACUCGCAGCUACGCCAGCAGCUCGGAGGGUCUGGAUGCCCUGGGUAGUCGCCUCAUGAGGGAGACUUCUCCGAUCACCCGAACUGGGACCCACACCGGCGUACCACUGCGAACUGGAGAGAACAUCAACGACCGCCUGAGCUCGAUCAAGAACUCGAUCAAGUCCAUCGACAACCUGUGCGAGGAGAAGCCUCCUCCCUACCAGAAGGAGAAGUGCCAGCGCUACAUCGACUCGCUCUUCUCGGACUCCCUGCACUUUGCCAGCAAGAAGAGCUCCCUGGAGGACCUAAGUCUCAGCCGGAGUCUGAGCCGCAGCGAGAGCCGUGGCAGGAGCAUCCACCGAGCAUCCGGUGACUAUGCCCCCUCCAUAAGGAUCACCUCGGAGCACAGGUCUCUGGGCUCCGCGGAAUCCCGAAGGAGUCCGCUUGGCAGCUCGGCUCGGGACACGAGUCCCCUGCACUACCGAUCGCAUCGGGACAUGAGCAGGGAUCUCUCGCCGAGAAGGAGGCGCCUCGAGGAGGAAGAGGAGGAGCGCGAGCGAAGGGAACGCGAGCGGGAACGGGAGCGGGAGAGCAGUAGGGUAAGACGUGAUAACUUGUUGCCAAAUUAUUCAGCCGAUAAUCGUAGCGAACUAAGUAGCGGGAGUAGUUUAACCGGGUUUAACCACAAAGUAGAUAGACAACUAGAAGAGACCUGCGCCAAGUACGCGGACGACGCCCGACGCUCGGCCUGUCGCACCCCGUUGAGCCACCCCUACGAGUCCCGCAGCACAGCCACACGACAACACCAACACCACACAGAUCCAGUCCAGGACAGUUUCCCCCGGCCCGUGUCACCCUAUCGCCAGCCGUACGAACCCCGCGGCCCAUCGGCUGCCACCGGCUCAUCCGCCCCCGUCUAUCAGCCCGGCAAGCUGGAGAUCCGCCACACCACCGUGACCUCCACCUUCUAUGAUCGUUUCCUCACCGAAAAGCAGAUCGAGCGGACCCAUUCCCGUCCCAACAGCCGGUCGCCGGUGGCUUCGCCCUCGGUUCCGGCCAGGAGUUAUGGGGAAUUCAGCACCACCUCAGCCCCAUCCUGCACCACUGCCACCGCCACAAACUCACUCAUGUCCAGCAGCUAUGCAGGCACCUCCUUUUCGCUGCCCACCAGCAGCAACUAUCCCUAUUCGCGGGUCACCUCCUCCUCUGAUCUUCGCUCUGCUGCCACUGCUACCACUACUUCAGCCUCAUCCUUAACCACCACCACCACCACAUCCUCCUAUGUGCCGUACAAUUUCAGCAGCUCCUUUACUUCUCGCCUGAGUGAUCCCAUAACAACGUGCUCGGCGAGCACUAGUUCGCUCACCACUUCCACGGGGGUCUACAAUCCCAUGAUGUCGUUCACACUGAGGGAACCACUGGCCAGCAGUUCCCUGGGUGCUGUAAGUGCCUCUCCCCUGGCUCCGUUUCAGUUCAAUCGCACCUUCGUUUCCAAUUUUGACAAGGAACAGGAGAAGAAAUAAGGAAUCCACAUCAGUCGUUAACCAAAGGUUGUCCAUAAACAUCACAAAGCAGAAACUUUCAGAAACAAAAACACAUUUUUCAAAUGACGUUACUCGAAAUCAAGCUCAAAAAUUAAUAUACUGAGAGAAAAGGUGUUUUCUAAAAUUAUUAUUAUUUAAAUUAAAUAUGUAUUAAGUAUAUGUAUAUGAUUAAAAUUCCCAACUGGUUAAAGCCUAAAGUUACCUAAUUCUUCACUUCUUUUAUAUUUAGCUCACUCAACUUAAUUUUAGAAAGUCUUCUCUCUCAAUAUACUUAAUGCUCAGUAAGCAAUAUAUAUAUAUACUAACUAUAAUACACAGUUUUAGGCAACAAAUACCAACACAACUAAAUAUAUAUCUCUAUUAAUAUAUAUACACUCCUUGCGAAUCGGAUAUUUACUCUUCUUGCACCAAACCAUUUUGGCUUCUUGCAACUUACCUCAUCUACAUUGACAGCACCGGCAACUCAACUGAUCAUAACUUAGCAAAGAUUUUUAUACAAUAUAUAUACAUCUAUAUAUAUAUAUCUAUCGAAACUGUAACCAAGAAAACAAAUAUGUGAAUCGGGCAGAUUGUUAUUCCAACAUCUUUUUUCAGCGUUAACCACAAAGUUUAGCUCUAAUUCCUGAAUUAUACUUACAAACUUUUCCUUAAUAUUAAAUAAUCAAUUUACACGGUUUACACACUAGCCAACCCAAUUACACAACCAGAUAUAAUGUACACUAUGCUACGGUGUAAAAUUCUCUCAGUGCAUUUUUCGGGGCCGAGUUAGUCGAGGAAGCUAAACCUAAUAAUUAAUCAAAUUACGUUAACUGACUGACACGAGAGCCGUAAAAUUAGUUUACCAGAAAAACAUUGUUAAAUAUACACGCAGACACGCAGAUAUAUGUAUGUGUACCUAUACGAAUUGAACGAUAUAUUAUAU